AGUCAGUCUCGACGUCCGGACUCUAUCCCUCCAUUUUUACACCUUGUUGCUGCGGAGCUUUCAAAUGAUGCCCUCGCGAAGAUUUCGUGGCAGUGGGACUUGUUCAUGGUGAAUAAGAGUGAGUCAAAGUGCAUCCGUGUAGGCCCUACACAGUCCGAGUGGAAAGUGUUUUUGUCUGGUCAAGAAUCGUGCGUCGAUGACCUGAUGUGGUCAUACAGCCGCCUAUUUUACAAGAGCCGUCGGGUUCCAUGCCAACAUGUUAUGGUGGUGGCUUGUAAAGCCCACCUAUUUAAAGUGCUACCUACUACUACAGUGCCAAGUCAGUGGAGCAUGAGAAAAACUGAAGAGCUUUACGACUCUUUGGGAGAGAGGCCUGGAGCCGCUUCGACAAGUUAUCAACAUGGUGAAAGCCCGGUCAAGUCGAGUAAUGGCGCCUCAAGCUGCCGCACCAUUAGCAAUUGCUUAUGCAGGUACAUCUCGCAUUGGCAAAGCUUAUUUGAAGUACGUACGUCUCCGGAGAGAGGAACAAUCAAGCAUGGUCGUGCUGUCUAAUGGUGAAAUAUACGCAAGGGCCCAAUCUCUUUUCGAACCAGUUAUUGAGAAACUUAGUGGCCUAUCUACAGUGGAGUUUUACGUGCAGAUGAGUAAGUGGAAGAGCGUUGUCGAUCGCGAGCAAGAAAAUACUACUGCUGCAAAUUCGUCUACGGACGGAAACUCCACUGCGAUUAAGCCUACCGAAAGUGACUCGGACAGCUUCUUUGAUCAGCUUGGUUACGCUGAUAUGAUGGCUGAAAUGGAGGCAGAUCAAGUGUUGGCUAUGAAAGCCAACUCAAUGACUGAUCUUGUUCGUGAGCACAGUUUAGGGGCACAAGACGAUGGAAACUCGGAAACUGCAGAAUCUCCUUCAUUCUCCGAAAGCGAUGAAUGUCCGUCAACGCAAGUGUCGAAUUGA